UUUUUCUACGCGAAAACCAAGGUAUCUCCGUUUAUUUAAUUCAAAUAAACACAUCUAUGUCACGGUGCGAUUACGACGUUUUAUUCUAUAGAGUGUUUUGUCUCGCUCUUUUAAUAAUCGCUUUCAUUUUUACUGUAAUAUUGACAAAUGUGUUUAUCGAUAUUGAUGGUUUGUUAUCGAGAAAAGGUAAAGGAAAACUUCCUAACACAAACCCUCUGACAGAGAAAACUGACAUCAGUGCGGUACCAGAUGAAAUAAAAUCGGAGAUACUGUACAAUGAUGACAACCACUAUGAGGACAAUGAAUAUUCCGACAGGACGAAAAGAUCUUCGGAUUCUGAAGACUAUCUAUUACACAUAAAAAAUCCAAAUGUAAAGAGCGUACUUAAAAAUCGUCUCACAAUGCUUUUAGAAGAAUUAGACACAGAAGAAACUGCGACGGAUACAAAUAAAAAGGAACGUGUUAAUGAAAAUACUUCAAAAUCGAAAGACAAUACCGUGAAUUUAUUAAAAGAAAACAAAGACAUUAGAGAAAUUGAUGAAAAUACACAUGGAAAUAUGAAAAUAGCAGAAAGUGUGAAUGGCAAGGCGAACCAAGCUAAAAAACCAGAUGAAGAUAUACAAAUAAAAAUUGAUAAAGUUGAGAAAACAACAAAGGAGUUUUUAAGAAAUGUACAAAAUGAUGAUUUAUUACAUUUAGCAAUGCACAACAUGCUAUUACAAGGUAUAAUUGAACAUAUGGAUCUCAACAAUGUAUUUAAAAAAGUUCAUUCUUUGAUUAACAAUUUCAAUAAAUUGAACAGUUUAAAUAAAGAAAAACUUAUAAAAACACAAGUGAAGAAAACUGUAACACCAAAUUCCAAACGACAAAUGAAUCCAGGCGAGGAGAAUAACUAUUUGAAAGAAAUGGUAAACUGUAGCAAAGUACACAAUGAAAUAACUGAAACAAUAGAAGGAAAGAAUAAAGAAGCAGUAGAAGAAAGAAAAAAUAUUCCAAAGAAAGGUUCAGAACUAUUAAUUAAGACUAUUAUAGAUAUAACAUCUAUGAACUUCGAUAAAAACGAUAAGGAAAAUCAGUCAAAUUCCAAAGACGUCAAAGGCAUCGUCAAAGUAAUUUACAAUGGAAAACCAAUAAAAUUAAGUAAAUUAAAUAGUGAUGAAGAAAAACAUUUUGAUUUUGAAAGAAAGAAAAUAAAAAGAAAUCUUGAAACUUCGACAAUUAGACUAAAUAAAAUUCAAAAUAAUGUUACCAAAUCAACUCCAUCAAAAGCAACAAUUGACAAUACAAAAAAUACAAAAUUUUAUUUAAAUAAAGUUAUAGACGCAUAUUUUAGAAGAUAUAUAGACAAAUCUAGCUCAAAAAGUAUUGAAGCUGAACAUUUUUUUAUUCCUAAACGCAUUAAAAGACGUGCCAAAAUGCAAUAUGAAGAUAAAAACAUGAGUAAUAAACAAAAUUCGAAAAAAAAGGCCGAUAAAAAAGAUGUCGAUGAGCUAUAUGUAGAAAUCGAAACACAUUUUGAUAGUAAAGGUAUGAAAGGUGAAAAAAAGAAAAAAUUAAUAAAAAAUUUAAUUGAUAAAAUUCAAAAGGCCAUACAUUCAGAUGUGAAUCAGGAUACCGAGAAAAAGAAAAAACAUAAACAUUUACAUAUUAAAAAAAGACUACAAAAUCCAUUAGAUAAUAAAUAUGAAUCAAUUCUCAUAAACAAAGCUAUUGGGCCUCUUGAAGCCAUUGUACAUAGACAGUUAGAUCCCAUUAGUAAAACUGCUCAAGCUGAAGGUAUUGUAUCUAAAAUUUACGAUAAAUCUGGCAAAAGUUGGAAGAAAUCUUAUAUAGGACCUGGAUUUCUAACAAGAACUAAAUCUCUGAACUCAGCCGAAAUGGGGCAAGUUGAUAUAGACUAUAAUAAAGUAAUGGAUAGGAACGGUAUCCCUCAAAGAAUACAAAAACCCUUAAACACAGACGUAGAUAAAGAUAUGUUAAAUGCCAAUUAUUUCGAUGCGGGUAAUAUGAAGUUUUUCAUAAAAGACAUAGAUGGAUCAGGAUUCUCAAUUGGCUUUAAUCAAUAUACUGACGAAGCGCCCGAUACAGAAGCUAUGAAACUAUUUACUGGUAUAGAAGAGUUGAUAAAGAUUUAUCACCAAAAUUACGAUCAAACACAGAUAACAACUGAAUAUAUUAAUCAAAACGCUGAUCAACAUUAUGAUAAUAAAUAUGAAUAUAGAAAUAACGAACUAAUUACAAGUAAAAUUAAUAAUGAAAAUAACGAUAGACACAAUAUUGUACGGCGUUCAACUAAAAAUAAUUAUCAGCACUCAAAUGAAUAUAAAAUAAUUUUUGAUGGCAACUUUCUCCCAUACAGUAACUAUCAAGAAAUAUUCGGUGACCAAAAAAGAACUAUAAAGACGUCUUUUAACAAAAAUUAUAAUGUAGAAAAUCACAAUGAUAAUCUUCAAAACAUAAAAAUUAUGAAAAAUAAUAACCAAAUAAAACCAUCGUCCAUAUUACUUGACGAAGAGAUAGUUGAUAGAAAUUUAAAACUAACUGAAAUUUUAACAUUAGCAAACUUGUUUGAAAGAAAAAAACGAGCCAUUCUUCUCAAAAAAAUAUCGAAUAUUAAAAGCAAAAUUAAAUUUUUCAAUACUAAAGCAAUACCUAAGCGAAUUAUUUUAAACGCUAAAAGAAAUAAACGACAAAUAAAUAAAAUAAGAAUCAUAGCUCAAGACGAUUCAUCUAAACUGAAGCAAUCAGCAGAAAAUAUUUUCGUUUUGUCAGAUGAAAAUAUGCUAGCUGAUAGAGCUGUUGUUACAGACGUAGAAACACCGGAAGAAUUAGAAGUACCGAGUAAGGUAAAAGAACAUUUAGAUUAUAUUCCUUAUAUAAAUGAUCAAACCAAUUUAGAUUCUUCAUAUGGUGCUAACGAAUUUUAUGGUAAACACAGACAUAACCUUUUAAUGUCAAAAUAUCCACACAUAUUUAUGGAAGAAAUUAAUAGACCUAAAGAAAAUAUUGAAGAACCAUCAUUUAUUGAAAAACUUGCUGAAAAUAUUCCUCGAGUUACCAAAUAUAAUACAAAAAAUAUAGAAGUUCAAUCAAUAACUGAAAAUUAUAUCCCAACUGCAUUAGAAUUCCCUAUGUCAAAUAUAGAACAACAUAAUACUGUCAAUCCCAACGAUCCGAAAACAAAUUACAAAUUCACAGUUAAAAUUAUGCCCAAAAAUCAGACAGGUGUGCCUUCUACAUUUAAAGAAAUACAUACGAGCAUUAAUAAAAGCUAUAACAAAAAUGGAUUGCAUUAUUCUACAUUAGUAAAUGUAUCUGAAAUAUCUAAAAUAGAAAAAUUAAUAAAAAAGACGAAGGAAAAUUUUUUAAAUACGUCAUCUGGGUUACCAGAUGAAAAAGAUAUGAAACAAAAAGAGGAAAAAAUUAAACUCAUACUAAAAAAGCACAAGCAAAGAAUAGAUGAACAACUAGAUCGUUUGCAAAAAGAAAAGGAGCAUUUAGAAUCUUUAAUUUUUAAAAAUGACAAUAAUUCUAGUGAAUUAGUCAAUCUGAUAUUACCACUAACUCCUCCUGAAACGGCACGUAUGAGGAAAGAUGAUGUUAAUGAGUUUGCUGCUUCUACAUUUUUAAAUAUAAAAGAUUUACAAAAUGACAGUAAAUCAACCACAGAAAUUACAACAACAAUCCUGCCUGUAACGACUACAACUACAACAAUAGCAACAACAAAAGAGCCGGAGAAUACUACCGUUGUCUAUCCAGACAAGAACAACAAUCUAACUCAAGAGAUAUUAAAAAAAAUAGACCGAAACACAGUAAUGUUACAAGUGUUCUUACAGAAAUUAACUGAAAAGCUCAGUCUAGUUACUCAAGCGACUACAAUAAGAACUGACAAAGAAGUGCUAAAUGUUCCUAAAGAUUGGAAACAUUAUCAACCGAUUCACGAGCCUUUUUUCGGUCAAGCUAUGCCAGAGAUCGAAGUACGGAAAAAUGGUACGCAUGUCUCAAUACCGUUCGUGUACGCGUACCAACAACCAUUCCCAAGUGUGAAUAAACCAGAUGGAGCAAACCCACCGGUCGCCAGCGUGGUUUACCACGGCCACAUACAUACAAAUGCUGUUAGCAAAAACAGAGAAACUUGGAAAUCAAAUUCGAGAGAUGUUAAUACGAGAAAAUACGCGAAUACAGUUGCAAAUAGAUCGAGAUUUUUUAUAGACGAUUUGGAUAAUGAAUACAAAGUUGUAGCACCAAAAUCUGUGUCAAAAAACGACGGUGUUUACUCUAAGUUGCCCAUACCUAUAAACUUCAAUAAUACAAUUAUUUCAUAA